AUCGACCUCACUUCCGAACGUAACACAUUUUUUAUCUGAGCAUAAUAUCACUAUAUGUCUGAAACUAAUACACCCUCUUCUACUUCUACCUCUGUUACUUCUGGAUAUGACUCGUAUACACUAGCGUAUGAAAUUAGGAAAUACAGUGCGGAAGAACUUAUUCCGUUCUUGAAGGAACAGAGCAAAGUGAUUCUUGACAAGAAUGACCUAGACAUUCUUUACAAGGAGAAAAUAACUGGCCGUUCCCUCCUUAAGAUGAGCAAGGACGAUUUUCUAAGUAUAGGUUUAGCGUUUGGACCUGCGAGAGAUCUUGCGGAAUUUGCCAAGGACUGCAGGGAGAAAAAGUUGAAGUCCUUCUCCACGUACAGGACUAAGAAGGAUUUGAAAGAGAUAUUCGAAAAGUAUAAUAUUGAAGAUGGGCGAAUAACAGACAUACUGCAAUUUGUACCAAAAUCCCAGUUCAUCGGUGAUGAUAACGAAGAUUUGUUACACUGUCUCAAGGAUAUACGACUCAGGCUACGCAAUAUGGGAACCGUCGUUGAAAGCAACGAAGCAAUCCGUUGUGAAUAUAUUUCGGCAAUCCUCCAUGCAUGUAUUAAUAUAGUCAGAAAACAUACUGGAAAAGAAAUAUCAUUAAACCCACAGCUCGAAGUUGUCGGUGAGGAAAAUACGGGUCGUGUGGACUUCGCAAUCAGAGCACUUGAGGAAUUAAUUUGCAUCACGGAGGGUAAACAACAUCAAAUCACAAUUGGGUUCGCUCAGAAUGUUUUACAAUGUGAAAGUGCUUUCCAAACUAAUAAGAGAAAACGAAAGGCGGAUGUUGCUUUCGAUGAAGAUUAUGACUAUCUCUUCGGGAUCGUAACUACAGCUACGGAAUGGCAUUUUCUCCUUUAUACCCCGGAAGGGAUUAGGUGCACGAGUAGAAAUCCGCUCAAUAUUCGUUUUGUCGAGACUGCUUUGAUAGAAGAUUCGGAGGAUGAAAAGGAGUUGUGUAAAAAUGUGAAGCGGGUGAUGGAGGUCAUUGUUGGAUUAUUGAUGGAAAGGGUAACUGUUGAGAAGGAGCCGGCAAAGAAAAAGCAACGGGUUCAAGAGUACAGUCAGCCCCCUUUAUAGUCACACCCCUUGGGACCGAAAAAAAAGGGUGUGAUUAUAAAAAAAGUCAUAUGUUGUGAUUAUAGAGGAGGUUUUUCUAAUAUAUUUAUUAGUACAUUGGGCCAAAAUAUGGUGUGCUUAUAAAGGGGAAUUUUAUAUGUUGUGAUUAUACGGGGGGUGACUAUAUAGGGGGUCGACUGUAUUUCUAAAAAUAGAAGUAAUUAUAUACAUUAGCAUAGACGUCAUGUAGUCCCAAACCUCUGUAUUAUUUUUCUCUGUAUUAAUAAAGCGAGACUUGGUUCCUUCAGGACCUUCCGCAUUUGCU